AUGUUAUGGAUCCCAUCACUGGUAGCCAAUGGACCAUCGCUGGUAGCCAAGGGAACGGAAGAAAUGGAUUCUUCUGCUUGUGGUCAAGGGAAUGGAUGGGAGUGCGUGUCAAAAGGAGACAUUGUUUUUCUACUAGACGAGUCCGGCAGUAUUGGAUCUUUGAACUUCGAAAGGAUCAAGUCAUUUGUCAGCUCCGUCGUCGGUCAAUUCAAAGUUGGAAGUAACGCCAAUCAAUUCAGCGUAGUUAAUUUUGCGUCCUCUUCUAGAGAGAUAUUUCCACUCAACAGAUAUCACACAGUAACGGAUAUUCAAUCAGCAAUAUCUUCCAUUCCAUUCAAAAAUGGGGGAACAAGCAUAGGACGUGCCCUUGAUUAUGCCCGGCUGUACUCCUUUAGUUCCGCCAGAGGAGCAAGAAAUGAUUCAGCAAAAGUUGCUGUUCUAAUCACCGAUGGACAAAGCUCCAUUUCCAAACAGCCCGACAAACUUAAAGCCAUGGGGGUUACGAUAUUUUGUGUCGGGGUAGGAACUGGAAUAAAUUCAAUUGUUCUGAGAUCUGUUGCCACACAUAACGACUACACGUAUCUGACAACGUUUGAUUUGUUGCCUUUGUUAACGAACGAAUUGUCCAACGAAACCUGUGGAGAAGACAUAAACGAUUGCCUAGGUGAACCUUGUCUUAAUGGUGGGACAUGCGAGGAUCAGUUCGGGAAGUAUCUUUGUCACUGUCUGAACGGAAAUACAGACCCUAACUGCUAUGUUCUGGUAUAUAUUGGAUCAUCUGCAAUACUGCAUUGUUACGUUACAAGCACGACAAAUAUAUCUUCUGUUACAUGGCAUUACCAGAAAAAAGGCGUCACAACCACUAUCAACACUGGCAUUGCAACUAAAUAUAGCGGCAGCACUGUGUGGACACCGUCUCUUACCGUUAAAAACGUUCAGAUUGAAGAUAUAGGAAACUAUAGAUGUUUGGCUGAAACCUCAGCAGGCAUAGGCCAAAGUGCAAAAAUGAUCUUUCUAGAUUUAAAGCGAGGUUUCCCCGUGAUUUACCUGCAAAGAACAAAGUACGCUGUCAACGCUAGCGAGAGCGUGUCCCUGUCUUGCAAUUUUUCCUCCAGUUACCCUCCCGUUGUUGAAGUUAAUUGGUACAAAGAUGGAGUACCAAUCAAUCCAAUCCCUAAUGGAAAAUACUCAGGCGGAACAAUAUAUUCUCCAAACCUCAACAUAACCAAUUUCCAGGAAGAAGACCAGGGUUACUACCACUAUUCUGUGUCUAACCAAUAUGGAACCAGGAAUAGCUCGAACAUUGCCGUGUACUUAUUUGGAGACAUUGGUAACUACAGAUGUUAUGCAAACAGUAGUAACGGUGUUGGAUACAGUAGACCAGUCAAUGUCAAAAUACGUGAUGGGCGUUACGUUGUUCUGAACACAGCAAGGUACACUGUCAACAAGAGUGAAGACGUCACACUUUCCGUAUUUGUUUAUGCCAAUCCGAAGCUUUUAAGUUUGUCGUGGCAGAGAAGUUCUUAUUCCUACUACUACUACUACUACUACUUUAAUGACUUGAAUACAACACCAAAUGACAAAUAUGAUGGUGGAACACUAGACUUUCCGUCUCUCGUCAUUCGUAACGUCAGCACGGAGGAUAAAGGAUAUUACCGUCUAAACGUGUCCAACGCUGACGGCACAUCUAUAAGUUCGAGCAUUUACAUAAAUGUUAUUGUCCGCUUACCUACUAUAUUAACGGGUCGGAGAUACUUUUACAACAUCUAUACGGAAACUAAUCUCACAUUUGAGGUUAACAUCACAUCCGAGUUACCCAUGGUUUCUGUGAGUUGGGAGAAACGGAGCGCCUCCUACCCAUACACAUAUACCUUGAUUGAUGUAACGGAUAGCAGAUUUUCUGGCGGAACGAUGAAUGUCCCUUCACUGACGAUAAACAGUGUCCGUGGGGUAGAUGCUGGAUAUUUUAGGUUUAACGCAACAAAUGAAGAUGGAACGAGAAGCAGGACGUUUUAUUUACAAAUUAAUCUCCGUUUGCCUUCAAUCUCUUUAGGAAAGAGAAGCGUUUACGUAUAUUCUGGUGAAAAUGUGACUUUUGAAGUCAAUGUCACAUCAUUGUCCACUUUAAUAUCGGUAAGAUGGGAAAAGCGAAAUUUCUCCUAUCCGGACAAUUACUACCAACUAAAUACGAGCAGUAACAAAAGAUUCGAUGGUGGCAAAAUAGGAUCCCCUAAUUUAUUUAUCAAAAAAGCUUUAGUUCAAGACAAGGGAUAUUACAGGAUUGCAGUAGAAAACAGUGACGGUGUUAGAUAUAGCUCUCGUAUUUAUUUAUCUGUCAGACCCAAUUUAAAGCGAGGUUUCCCUGUGAUUUACCUGCAAAGAACAAAGUACGCUGUCAACGCUAGCGAGAGCGUGUCCCUGUCUUGCAAAUUUUCCUCCAGUUACCCUCCCGUUGUUGAGGUUAAUUGGUACAUAGAUGGCGUACCAAUCAAUCCAAUACCUAAUGGAAAAUACUCAGGCGGAACAAUAUAUUCUCCAAACCUCAACAUAACCAAUUUCCAGGAAGAAGACCAGGGUUACUACCACUGUUCUGUGUCUAACCAAUAUGGAACCAGGAAUAGCUCGAACAUUGCCGUGUACUUAUUUGGAGAUGUACCAGCAGUACUAGCGGGAUCAAAUAUCACUACUGGCUUUAGGUACACUGUUUCAAUCCUUUGCAAAGUAUUUGGCUCCGGUAUCAGUAGAGUUUUCUGGACCUUGCAACUUAAGGGCCAGAAAAAUGAAACAGAAAUAUAUGUGUCCUCCUCUAAAUAUUAUGGUUCCACUAUAUAUUACCCAUCUUUGAGAAUUUACAAGUUUAGCUCAUCAGACGUUGGCAAAUACAGAUGUAAUGCAAACAGUUCAAACGGUGUUGGUUACAGUAGACCAGUCAAUGUCAAAAUACGUGAUGGGUGUUACGUUGCCCUGAACUCAACAAGAUACAUUGUAAACAAGAGUGAAGACGUCACACUUUCCGUAUUUGUUUAUGCCAAUCCGAAGCUUUUAAGUUUGUCGUGGCAGAGAAGUUCUUAUUCCUACUACUACUACUACUACUACUUUAAUGACUUGAAUACAUCAAAUGCCAAAUACGAUGGUGGGACACUAGACUCUCCGUCUCUUAUCAUUCGUAACGUCAGCACGGAGGAUAAAGGAUAUUACCGUCUAAACGUGUCCAACGCUGACGGCACAACUAUAAGUUCGAACAUUUACGUAUAUGUUAUUCUCCGCUUACCUACUAUAUUAACGGGGCAGAGAAACUUUUACAACAUCUAUUCGGAAACUAAUCUCACAUUUGAGGUUAUCGUCACAUCCGAGUUACCCAUGGUUUCUGUAAGUUGGGAGAAACGCAGCGCCUCCUACCCAUACACAUAUACCUUGAUUGAUGUAACGGAUAGCAGAUUCUCUGGGGGAUUGAUCAAUGACCCCUCACUGACUUUUAACAGUGUCCGUAGGGUAGAUGCUGGAUAUUUUAGGUUCAACGCAACAAAUGAAGAUGGAACAAGAAGCAGGACGUUUUAUUUACGUAUUAAUCUCCGUUUGCCUUCAAUCUCUUUAGGAGCGAGAAGCGUUUACGUUUAUUCUGGUGAAAAUGUGACCUUUGAAGUCAAUAUCAAAUCAUUGUCCACCUUAUUAUCGGUAAGAUGGGAAAAGCGAAAUUUCUCCUAUCCGUACAGUUACUACCAACUAAAUACGACCAGUGACAAAAGAUUCGAUGGUGGCACAAUAGGAUCCCCUAAUUUAUUUAUCAAAAAAGCUUUAGUUCGAGACAAGGGAUAUUACAGGAUUGCAGUAGAAAACAGCGACGGUGUUAGAUAUAGCUCUCGCAUUUAUUUAUUUGUCAGACCCAGUUUGCCUUCAAUCUCUUUAGGAGCGAGAAGCGUUUACGUUUAUUCUGGUGAAAAUGUGACCUUUGAAGUCAAUAUCAAAUCAUUGUCCACCUUAUUAUCGGUAAGAUGGGAAAAGCGAAAUUUCUCCUAUCCGUACAAUUACUACCAACUAAAUACGACCAGUGACAAUAGAUUUGAUGGUGGCAAAAUAGGAUCCCCUAAUUUAUUUAUCAAAAAAGCUUUAGUUCAAGACAAGGGAUAUUACAGGAUUGCAGUAGAAAACAUCGACGGUGUUAGAUAUAGCUCUCGUAUUUAUUUAUCUGUCAGACCCAGUCCGCCAUCCAUUACCACAAAGUCAAUUUAUAGGGUCUAUGCCGAUGAAAACAUCACUCUUCAAACAAAUGUCUCAUCCUUCCUCCCAGUCACUAGUGUUACCUGGGAAAAAAGAAACACCAGCACAUACCUUUACGAAGUUCUCAACAUACUCUCCGAUAAUCGUUAUACUGGUGGAGAUAUUCUUUCACCAUCACUAACAAUUAUACAUGUGAAUCUGAUGGAUGAAACUUAUUAUCGUGUUAGAGCUACGAACGACGAUGGAACAACAAUGAAAAUUGUUUAUGUUGAUAUCAACAUACGUAGCCAUCCAAUUAUCGCAGAAGGUACGACAUCAUUAGAAACAUGGAUGUGGGCUAAUAUUACACUUGAUAUAUACGUUACGUCAAGGCUACCAAUACUGGAGGUGUUAUGGGAACAUAGAAUGAACCAACAUCCGAAAACCUACAUGUAUGUGCCACUCAAUAUUACAUCGGGUUCGAGGUACUCUGGAGGAACAAUAUCCUCUCCAUCUCUGACAAUAUACAACGUCACAAGUGCUGACAACGGGUUCUAUAGAUGUGCAGUGAGCAAUCGCGAUGGAACAACAAAGAGCUCCUCCUUUCAAAUAGCUAUUGAAACCAAUCUUCCUGUGAUAUCAGUUGGAAAAACAUCACUCACAGUCAAAACGAGGUCUUGCACUGUACUGAACAUUAGUUACAAUUCUGGACCGGAAGUGAGUUCAAUAAGCUGGGAGAAAAGAAACACUACCAACGCCGAUACAUUUGUUUCAGUAAAUAUAUCUGAAAAUGAUCGAUACGAAGGCGGUACUUUCGAUAAACCCUAUUUAGAGAUUGCUAAUGCAAUGCUAGAAGACAGUGGUUAUUAUAGAUGUAAUGUGGUCAACACCAAUGGAAAGUCAACAUCUCCUUUAUUUCACGUCAAUGUCCAAAAACAACUUGCUGCUAUAAAUGUAUCUUUCACCUCAUACACAGUAAGUCACGGUGACAAUGUUACCCUGUCUGUGACUCUGUUUGACACAGAGACAAACUCCGCGAUAGUGUGGGAGAAACAAGGUUCAUAUGACAAGUCGUUCGAGGUAUUCGAUAUAUCGUCUUCUGAGAAAUACGAUGGCGGUUCUCUGUCAUCUCCCUCUCUAUCUAUGUUCAACGUGAACAAAGACGACUCUGGACAUUAUCGAUGUAAGGUCACUAACAUAGAUGGGACUACUACAAGUGCAUCAAUAAAGAUCAGCGUGGGACAAAAAAAUUUGUUAAAAGGCGAGUAUUAA